CCAGGGUGGCUUUCCCCUGCUGGGAUGAAGGACUUGAGCAGAAACAUCACUGGCUUCUUCCCUGUAUGAACACCGAGCAAGUCCCAGGACCCCCAUCCUCCCCUGGGACACUAAGGACACUCCAGCACAAAAACCCUGUGUUACUCUCCACUGAGAGCCCAGCUGGAAACAGAUGCUGAAUACACAAAAGGUGCGUGAAGAUUCCUUUUGGUCUCACCCUUGAUUCUGUCGCCAGUGCUACGUGCCUGGUCCUAAACAGCUUUGAUGAUGGAAGAGCUCCCUAAGGCCCUGGAAGUCGAUGAGAGGUCCCCAGAAUUCAAGGACCUGCUGCCCAGCCAGACUGCCAGCUCCCUGUGCAUCAGCUCCAGAAGCGAGUCCAUCUGGACCACCACCCCCAAGAGCAACUGGGAGGUCUAUCGCAAGCCCAUCACCAUCAUGUCUGUGGGCACUGCCAUCUUGCUCUUCGGUGUGGUCAUCACCUGCUUGGCCUAUCUCCUAGAAAUGACUCCAGAGACCGAGGGUGUCCUCAAGAUGAUAGGGCCUGCUUUUCUGUCCUUGGGACUGAUGACACUGGUAUGUGGGCUGGUGUGGGUGCCCAUCAUCAAAAAGAAGCAGAAGCAGAGGCAGAAGUCAAAUUUCUUUCAGAGCCUCAAGUUCUUCCUCCUGCAUCGUUGAUGGCAGCUUGACUAGGAGAAGGAGAUACAAUGACCAACAUCCAACAGCCCCACCUUCUCCAUGGGGUACCACAAAGCUAAAUACAGGCAAACUCUCGUCUUGGUCCAUGCAGCCUGGGAAUGUUGCUUAAUGAAUCUUGCUUGGUUUCUGUUCCACCAAGGGUUCCCUUAGAUCCUUGUGUUGCUCUCAUCCUGUGCUCCUUUUUUCCAAUCAUCAUUCAUCGAACUCUUUGCCAAGUGCAGUGCAUGCUGGGAAACUCCUUGAGGGUGGGCUAUGCUCCAAGGAGAACCUCAUGUUUAUACAUCUGGUUGUCUGAAAUGGGUUCUACAUUUAUAUCCUUCUGAAACCAAACUUGAUCGAUGGAAGUUCUUCACAGAGAAGAAGGAAAGCUGUGCUCCGACCCCAGUGUUACACAGCCCCACCUUCCUUAGCCAGUGAAAUACUGCCUUACAUUUCAAGACACCAGAGAUUCACAAGCAUCAAAAUUUAUAAGUAUCAAACAUUCCAAAAACUGAACAAUGAAGGUUGCUUGGGAAAGCACUGUCCAAGGUGGCACAUCUCCCUGGACAUGCCCUAGGAAUCUGGCAGCUGAAGAAGUUCAUUUCAGAUUCCAUAUUACUUACAUCGGAUGCAAUAGGGUAGGCUGGAGGUGAGGGGUGUCGGCUAUCCCUUUGAUCUACAAACCUCCUGAUUAGUGACUGCUCUUUCCUUGGCAAUUAGCAAAGGACAAAUGCAUGAUGUCCUAGCUUCCUCUUCCAUUUCCCUCUUACCUCUACCCUGAUUUCUAGAACAGCAAGAUGGAAAGCUACAAAGGAGUUCUGUGCCACUAUUCUCCCUUUCAUUUCCAUCAAUAUCCACACUGGAAGAUCAAUGUUAUGUACAAUGGUUUGUAAGUUUCUAAUGAAAUGGAUUUUUUU